CCAUUUGCCGUCCAAGUUCCUUAGCCCAAACGCCACGUGCAAACCUGCGCUCAUGGUGCAUUCUCGCUCCACUUUCGAGAGCUGGAGGCCCUCGUAUAUAAGAUUCCAUGUUCCUCAGUCUUCACUCAUUUUGCGUUUUGACUAUCUGUAGGGUUUGAACUUUCGAGGUUAGGUGCGUGACCUAGCAGUCUCGCACAGAGUCCUGUUUGCUCCUCCUCCUCAUCUCAGAUCGCAAGAUCAGCAAAAUCCUGAUCUAUCAUCUGCCGAUCGAGGAUCAACUUGAUAUAGCAUGUCGGCAGUGGCUCAGUUGCGUUUUUCUCCUCUCUCCGGGCAUUACCGUUCGGUUUCGGACAGUCGCGCUCAAAAUACUCGCCAAGUCUUUUCUUUCGCGUCAUCCCUUAACAUUCAAAAUCGCUCUUUAUAUCUCAUCAAUAGCCCGAAGGUGUCUGAUCGUAGUUUUCCGGAAAAAUUGCGGCUUUCAUACGCUGGUGGCGACGGCAGCAAUGGGACUGGACGCCGCGGCGGCGGAGGCGGCGGAGGCGGGAACUUUGAUGACUCAUCAUCGUCGUUUGAGGGGUUUGGAAUCCUGGGUCUGUUUCUAAAUGGAUGGAGGUCGAGAGUUGCGGCAGAUCCACAAUUCCCUUUCAAGGUUCUGAUGGAAGAGCUGGUGGGAGUGAGCGCUUGUGUUCUUGGCGACAUGGCUUCACGGCCUAAUUUCGGAUUGAACGAGCUCGAUUUCGUUUUCUCAACACUUGUGGUCGGAUCUAUCAUGAAUUUCACACUCAUGUAUCUGCUAGCGCCCACAAUGUCAUCCUCUUCCUCGAGCCUACCAGCGAUCUUCGCGAGUUGUCCCAAGAGCCACAUGUUCGAACCAGGGCCUUACAACAUUGUGAGUCGAUUGGGCACUUUGGUGUACAAAGGAACUGUGUUUGCUGCCGUGGGGUUAGUUGCUGGACUUGCAGGGACUGCAAUUUCAAAUGGGUUGAUCGCGAUGAGGAAGAAGAUGGACCCCACUUUUGAGACACCCAACAAAGCUCCGCCACCACUACUGAAUGCGCUGACAUGGUCAAUUCACAUGGGGGUGAGCAGCAAUCUCAGAUACCAAACUCUGAAUGGGAUAGAGUUCAUGUUGGAAAGGGGGCUUCCUGCAUUUGCAUUCAAGUCGUCAGUGAUAGUACUGAGAUGUGUGAACAAUGUUCUUGGAGGCAUGUCGUUUGUCGUGUUGGCGAGACUGACAGGGUCACAGAGCGUUGCUGCUGAGAAGCCUCCGAAGAAGGAGAGGUUGUUGGAUGCGGAAAGGGAAGGGCAAGAGGAUUUGCAGAGCAAUCAGUCGACAUCAAAGUGAUGAUGGGAAUCAAACUUAGUAGUUUGGUUCUAUCCUUCGUGGUUUGUCUUGAGAGGAAGCUGCCGUCCUCACAUGGGACUUGAUAAAAACUUAUUUUGGCGACUUAUGUUGAGCAUGCACUGACUUUUUGAAGGUUAUGAUGAAAUAAGUCUAGUAUUUUCGGUGCAAAAUAAAUAGUAUUGCUUUGCUUGUUAGGAAAUAUGCAGAACGGAAGGAGAGAUGAGACGGAGACGCAGAGCGCUUUUGGAGGUUUGCUGAAAUCCAUGGGUCCCCCAGAACCAUUCAGUUUAUCGUUUUUAGAUCAAUAAAUAAUGACAAUGAUGUUCAUAUUGUGACACCUGUCGUUCGAAUUUCUGUUGGUUCUUUCAAUCUUCCUUUCAUCGGUCCCCCCACGAACACUGUCUUGUUGUUUACGUAACAUCAUCGCCGGCUAUGGUUUGAAGAAUUGUUUUGUAGGUGAAAUUGCCAACUUCCUGCCUUCCACCAACUCUAUUCCUAACUUUUUCUGUCUUUUUUCGCUGACCUGAUAUAUAUUUCUUAUUGCUCUUCUUA